AUGGGAUCCCUCAUAAACGUACUUGAGAUUAAUUGGUUCCAACCAACUAGUUAUGUGAUUCAAUGGUUUCAUAGUCAGUACUAUACUCAUCGAAUUCCGAUGUUUUUGAGUGCAGGAAAAAGCAACGAUAGAACUGAAAUAAAGGAGCUUUUCCGGAGCCCUGGCUGCGCUUUACAAACGGGUUUUGAGGAUCAAGAACGAUACCAGUGUCAUGAUUUUUCUUCUAGGAACUUUUCAAGGAUAAUUAAGAUUACUAUGGAACAUCAUCUUCCAGAAAAAAGAAGAAAAUAA